AUGGGUAUAGUUUGGAUGCAAAGUAAUAAACUUAGUGCAGGAGUGUGGUUUGGGUGCAUUUGGGUCUUCUCUCCACUUACUAUACCAAAAUAUGAAUAUCCUAUGCCAGGGGUGGCGAACCUUUUUGAAUCCACGUGCCAUAUAGUUACCCUUUCUCCAUAUGCUGAAGAAUUUGUACCUCGUUUAAACUAUAGAGAUCCCCAAGUCGAGCAGGAAGAAUUUGAUCUUCUAGAUGAAAGUUAUCCAAUACAAGAAUUAAAAAAUUUUUUAUUUCAAGUAACACUCUGUCCAGAAAAAUUUGAUCGACAAUUAAAAUUUUUGACUAAUGUUCUUAAUCAAUGGUUAACUGAUGAAGAAACUUUACAUUCAAUUGUAAAUAUUAUUUUUGAAGAGUCAGUGCAUGAGCCAAAUUUUCGGUAUAAUGGGGCCAAGUUAUGUAAUCAUUUAUCACAACAUCUUAUAAGUCCAUCAGAUGUUCCGAAAUUUAGAAGUGUUCUGCUGAGAAGAUGUCAAGAAGAGCACCAAAGACACAAAGAAUUGGCAAAGACACAAGAUAAAAAUGGUUAUUUAAGAGGAUUUGCUUUAUUUAUGGCAGAAUUAUUUUCACAACUUGAGGUUUCUCAGAAUAAUGUGAAAGAAAGAAUACUCACUCUUGGAAUUGGCUUAUUGGAGAUUUUAGAUACAUUAUUGAAACUUUCAUCAUCAGACCAUUUGAAAUGUGCUUGUCAAAUUUUAAAGUGUGUAGGUGCUCAUCUUGAAGAUCAGGAGAGAAAUAUUAGAUCAAGAAGUAUAAGUUUAGAUUAUAUUUUUCAAUCAUUAAAAAAUAUCAGUGAGUCUGGUAAUUGUAAAUCAGAUAUCAAAGCAAUGAUUUCUUCUGUUUUAGAGCUUAGGGCUCACGAUUGGGGAAGAACGUCUUUGCCUGCAACAUCUACUUCCGUUGAACCUGUUGUGGAUUCCACUCGACUUAAUGAACCUGUAUUUUAUGGACCUGAUGGUCUUCCAAUAACACCAGAAGAAGCUUUGUUUCUUGAAAGCCAGCGACUCAGUCCAGACUAUGGAGAUGAUGAAUAUGAUGACGAUCUUUAUGAAAAUGAUGAGAUGGAUGAUGUAAUUCAAGAAGCAUAUGAAGAAUUUUUGCGCUCAACUGGUCAAUAACAUUAAGCACUGGAGGUAUAUUCCAUAUAAAGGGGGGACAAAUGAACAGACACCAACCAAUCUCUUAGAAAAGAAACAUUGCAAAAAAAAUAAAAAACUGAAAUAUUGUAUAUUUUGCUUGAAUUCUGUAUUAACUUUGUUGGGAUAAAAUAAUAUUUAUGUUAAUUUACUUUAUUAGAAUAUUCUGUGAAAUAUAAAAAAAAACAAUUAGUUCAUUUCAGAAUCUUCCAUCCAAACUGGUUAUUCUUAUUUUUUGAAAGAAAAAAAUUUUGAAUCUUUCUUUUUUUCUUUUUUUUAUAUGUAUAAAAAUAAACUGUGGAAAAGAAGCAAUAUUUAGUUUUAAAAACAACUAAAUGUGAUUGGAAAAAAGUAGUUACAGUUAUUAGAAUUAUAUAUUGGAGUUAUCUCAAACGAACAAUACAGUGCAAAAAUUGAAGUAGUAAAAAACCUAAAGCCUAAUUUUUUUUUUGUUUUUAGAACUAAAGGUACUUAUACUUAAUGCUCAUAUAGAUUUGUUCACACCCACAACUUUAUCNAAGA